AUGGCGGUGGUAGCUGUAGCGUUGCGAUUGUGGGCGAGAAGGCUGAUGAAAGCCGAAAUCUGGGUGGAUGAUUGGACUGCAGUUGUGGCACUAUUGCUCGCUACUGGUUUCUUCACCGUUGUAAUCGUCUGGCUCCACCAAGGGUUUGGGCACCACUUCGAAAUUCUUCCAAAGGAUUAUAUAACCACUUUCGGCAGGAAUUUUUUCACAGGAGAAAUUCUCUACUUUCUGACUAUCGGCGUCGUCAAAUGUUCCAUUUUGGCAUUUUAUUGGAGGCUCUUCAGAGCCUCAAUUCGUGUUCCGUGCUGUAUACUGGGAGCUGUCACGAUAUGCUGGGAGAUCGCCGUUCUACUGAUUACCGUGUUUCAAUGUACUCCGAUCUCGGGAUUUUGGAAUAAAGAUAUACCCGCAAAGUGCCUCAACACAAAGUAUUUCUUUCUCGCCAACUCGGUCCCCAACAUCGUGACGGAUCUUGCACUGCUUCUACUGCCGGUUCCGUACAUCUGGCGCUUACACGCGACAACCUCGCAGAAGAUCGCAUUGGCGGGUACGUUCAUGCUUGGUGGCUUUAUUACAGUGAUCUCGAUUGUUCGCCUUACAAUUAUCGCCAAAUUGGAUACCACUUCCCCGGAUGUAGACUACAACUCCGCAAGUUUGGUUAGUUGGAGUCUUGCCGAGAGCAAUAUGGCAAUCGUGGCGGCUUGUCUGCCCUCUCUUCGACCAAUUCUAUCCCUUAUUAUCUCGGGUGAGCCAGACCCCCCUGUACGGGGCUCCAGAGGCAAAGCCUAUGGUAGAUCUUGGACACGAGGUCAGCCCUCAGCAACUUUUCAACCCCUUGGACAGCCAACAACCCCCAGUGACAGUCAGCGCAAUUUCAUGUCUUUACCUGAUGCGGCAUACGGCUUCUCGGGUAUACAGCAACUUCAUGGAAUCGCGGGUACAGACUCACGGGGACGCAAAAAUGAUGACCAAGAAGACAUUGAGAUGCAGACGGCGGGCCGACGGGCUAGGGAUGGGAUUGAGGUGCGGACCGAAGUGACUGUGCAUUCGACAAAAAGUAAUGAGGGCUAA